AUGUGAGGAAAAAUGCCGAGAAAUUUUAUUUAACACUGCUUUAUCUGUGGAUGACCAAAGACACCGUGUGCUGCAUGGACAUCAAGAUCUCAAGUACAACUACACUUGUUACACACGAGCAACAGAUGACCCAUGGCUUCGACAAAAAACACACCGUGUUGUAUCUCUAUUUGUAAAAGCUCAGACAAGUGCCCAGACUUGGAAAGUUGCCCCAAGUAAUACUCCGGUUCCUGUUCAGCCAAGGGAUUCAAGCGGAGGUCAAUUAACUGAAACUAAAAUGUUGGCAAUGUUUUCCCUCGCUGUGGUCAUGGCGAUGAUGACACUGGUAGUUUAUUUAUGUGUGAACCACAACCGAUGCAGCGGGAAUGGGGAUAAUGAUGAUGAUGAUGGUGAUGUGCCCAGAUCAGGUUCACCAGUGCAUUCCCAAGUUGUUGUCUCACCCGUAAAUGGGUCAACCCAAAAUGAACAACUGACUUUACGAGUUUCCUCACCAGACAUUGAGAGUCGAAGUGAGGUUCCAUAUGCCGAAAUCAUGAUUUCAGUCAGAGGUGUCAGUACACCAGAACUCACUCAGGUCAGCUACUUGGCAACAGAAAACUUACAACAGUGGCAAGGCUGCGAAUCGAGGGGUCCCAUGCAGGCCUCACGCUCGGCUGACAGGCUUCACCUUCCGCAGACCAGGGAGGUCAGCCGCAAGAUGAGCACCAACUCCGAGUACGCAGUCAUCACGUACGGUUGACUCGAGUUCUGAUUAUUCUGUCCCUGCUAUGAGAUGAAUGAAUGGAUGGAUGGAUGGAUACAGCUAUAGUAGAAAGACAGACGGGCAGGCGGAUGGAUAAAUGAAUAGCUGGAGAGAUGGAUGAUAGUUUGUGCGUGUGUGUAUCAGUUCCAGCAGGUUUAAAUAGAUCUAUACUCUACCAAAGUAAUUUUUUUUGGCAAGCUAUGUGUACUUUACUUGUAUAUUUAUUUUACUGAAUCACUGGAAAUAGUGUGAACAUUCCAUCAGAAUAUAUUCCAUGUGGCUAUAUGUAUGCUACAGUAAUUCUAUGCUUAAAAAGUCACUCGUGUAACUUUGAGUCAUAAAUUCGGUGUUCAGUAUAAUAAAACAAUGAAAUAAACAAUAAAGUUGCCUAAGAUGGGCCAAUACA